AUGCCCUCUCGCUGUAGGACUGUGCUGCAUAUCGUGACGACCACCCUCUUUGCCGCUGUGGUCCUUUUUGGGAUCCUGCUGGCUUACGUGACUGGCUACCAGUUCAUCCACACAGAGCAGCACCACCUGUCUUUCGGCCUGUACGGAGCCAUCCUAUCUCUGCACCUCUUCCUCCAGAGCCUGUUUGCCUUCCUGGAGCACAGACACAUGCGCAGCCCCGCCCAGCCCCAGCACCUGCGGCGCUCUGUGGCCCUGUGCAUCGCUGCCUACCAGGAGGACCCAGACUACCUGAGGAAGUGCCUCCGCAGCGUGCGCCGCAUCUCUUUCCCCGGCCUGAAGGUGGUGCUGGUGGUGGACGGGAACAGGCCGGAGGACGGCUACAUGAUGGACAUCUUCCAGGAGGUGAUGGGUGGAGCGGAACAGGCCGGCAGUGUGGUGUGGAAGGGGAACUACCACAGUGACGGGGGCGGGGGUGGAGGGGUGGGCGGAGGGGGGGCCAGAGCAGCGUCCCUGCAUGCGGAGGAGGCUGCACGUGUGGCCAGGCUGGUGAGAAACUGUCGCUACUCCUGUAUCAUGCAGGAGUGGGGAGGGAAGAGAGAGGUGAUGUACACAGCUUUCAAAGCCCUGGGAGACUCUGUGGACUAUAUGCAGGUGUGUGACUCAGACACAGUUCUGGACCCAGCGUGCACCAUAGAGAUGCUGAAGAUUCUAGAAGAGGAUGCAAAGGUGGGGGGAGUAGGUGGAGAUGUUCAGAUCCUGAAUAAGUAUGACUCGUGGCUCUCCUUCCUGAGCAGUGUGCGUUACUGGAUGGCCUUCAACGUGGAGCGGGCCUGCCAGUCCUACUUUGGCUGUGUGCAGUGUAUCAGUGGUCCCCUGGGAAUGUACCGUAACUCCCUGCUGCAGCAGUUCCUGGAGCCCUGGUAUCACCAGACCUUCCUGGGCAGCAAGUGCAGCUUCGGUGACGACCGCCACCUCACCAACCGCGUGCUCAGCUUCGGCUACAAGACCAAGUUCACCGCACGCUCCAAGUGCCAGACUGAAACGCCAACGCGCUACCUCCGCUGGCUCAACCAACAGACCCGCUGGAGCAAGUCCUACUUCAGGGAGUGGCUGUACAACGCUCUCUGGUUCCACAAGCACAGCCUCUGGAUGACCUACGAGUCUGUGGUGACAGGCUUCUUCCCCUUCUUCCUGGUUGCCACAGUGGUCCACCUGUUCUACCGUGGGCGCCUGUGGAACAUCCUUCUCUUCCUUUUGACAGUGCAGCUGGUUGGCAUGGUGAAGGCUACCUACGCCUGCUUCCUGAGGGGCAGUCUGGUCAUGAUCUUCAUGUCUCUCUACUCCCUCCUCUACAUGUCCAGCCUGCUGCCAGCCAAAAUCUUUGCCCUGCUCACUAUCAACAAGGCUGGCUGGGGAACAUCAGGGCGGAGGAAGAUUGUGGUGAACUUCAUUGGGGCAGUGCCUGUCACAGUGUGGGGGGCUGUGCUGCUGGGUGGGGUGGCAUACACCAUCUACUGUGAGACCCAGGAGCCCUUCAGUGAGACAGAGAAAGCCCUGCUCAUCGCUGGGGCCAUCCUGUACGCCUGCUACUGGGUCAUCCUGCUGGUUCUUUACCUGGCUAUAGUAGCCAAACGCUGCAACAAGAGGGAGGAGCAAUACCACCUGUCGUAUGCAGAGGCAUAAGACAUGAAUCAAUUAUCAGUUUCAAUGGUGCUGCUGGAACAGCUGAGCCAGUCUUUGGCCCCACCCCUCUCAUGCCAUUCUGUCUCCAUGGUGCUAAACCUCUGGUUCUAAGGGACAUAUGUGGUAUGAAUGUGUUGUAGAGUGCUCUACCAGUGGUCAUGAGUUACAAGGGCAUGGUGCUUUCCAUAGAUAUAAAGCACAUUAUCAUACAACCCGUUUACAACAGAUUGUAAGAGCUAUGACACAGGACUGGGGGUUUGGGCUUAUCAAAACAAGUAUAUGUGUCAGUAUGAAGCAGUGUUGAUAUGUCUCCAGCCUGAGUUGUUUGACUGAACAUAGAGACAGUAAGACACAUGUACGGAGGGCCCUCUUUGCCUCAAUCAGGUGACACAAUGAUCUACAGUUGUAUUUCUUUAAUACAGUAAUUUAAAGACAAUCCAAUAUUUAUACAUAACUCAUAAAUACAUUUUUGGUGCUGUUGAACAGUGCCCAAGAUAAAAGUUUAGCUCAUAUGGUAAUAGUCUAAUCUUCCAAUGCCUGCAAGGAUAUUUACAUCCAAUUGAAUGAGUCAGAUAAUUUUGUGUGGGCAUUUUAUUGUAUGAGUGCCACAUUGUAUACACAUUACAUACAGUAUCAAUGCUCAUUACAGGAUAUCAUUUACCAACUGAGGAUAAUCCACCAUUCAUUCCAUCAUGUUAACUGCUAUGACCAAAGACCACUUGUUUUUUGACGCAUGCCUGACCAUUAGUAUAAUGCAAGUACUAACUCCACAUUGCUGUUAUUAGUUGUUAAAUCCAGAAUAAGAAAAUAGAAAACCAUGAUCCCCUUUUAACAAGGCCAUUGGUAUUAGUGUAGGUGCCAUGUCUAAGUUGACAUGUUUUUGUUGUUGGAGAAUGAAGAUACUGUCGUGGAAGUUUCCACUCUUGUGCUUUUUAAGUUGUGUCAAUAUUAUUUUAUUCAGUGAGAAUUGCAUAACUUGAAAGUGCAAACAAGACACAAGAAACAACGCUUGUGUACAGGGUUGCUCAGCCUCUGGCGCAGUAGGUCAAUUUGACGGUACAGUAUAUUUCCAUGACCACACAGAGGAGAUCAAAGGUGAUAUGACUUUCUUUCCUGAUUGCUGUUGUUGGGGCUCAAAACUGCAACCUCAACAUUAGCCAAAGGAAUCAUGUUUCCCUCUACUUUCAAGGGUGUAUGUAAUGUGACUGUGUAAUAAGACUCACAGUGGUAUAGAUAUUGGGAUUACAUGAAGAAAUUAGAGGCAUAAAUCAAAUACAGAGAUGACUGCGAUUGAUGUUGUAUGGUGUGUAGAUAUCAUAUACAAUAUUUGUUAUAGUAUUUGUUAUAGUUAUAUUUGUCAUGCCGUUUUUGAUUUCCUUGAUACUUCCUGCCUCUGAUGUACACUCAGACCCUUGAGCUGUGACAGUUUCCGACCACUCGUGUUUGACAAUAAGUCAAUGGGUCUCAUAACGCUGAGUGACAGUAGAUGUCCACCCAUAUUUUGUAGGUAUAUCUUACAUGGAAAAACUUUAUUAUAAUAGAACUUGUUUGAAUAUAAUUAUAGAACUAUUCAAUAAGUCUUAACGUGACUUAAAAUCGAUACCAGAAUGUUCUAGGCAUUCUCUCAAUGCCGCAGAACAACUGUUGAGCCUAACCAAAAAGCCAUGGCAGCUCAGCUCAUACAUCAUUCAAUGUUUACAAAAGGCAAUGUUUCAAAGAAUUUUGCAAAGUAAUAUAUUUUCUGUAUUGAACAUUUACAAAGAUAUUUUGAAGAUGCAUUAAGAAUGAUGGGGUGAAGAACAGGCUUAUAUUUAAAAGGAAUUGUGGAGUUCUGACAUUUCAUGAAACAGCUGUUUACAUCAUGUUUAUAGUAUGAUGUAGCUAGCACAUCAUGGUAGGUGAAUUCAGUGUGGUUUGUCUCUAGAGCUCAACAUUGCUACACUUGUAUUUGUGAAGUUACAUGGAUGAGAGAUAAGACUUAUUUUAUAUUACCAUUUAGGGAUGAUAUGUAGAUUUAGAACAGGUAGGUAUAACUGUCAUGUAGAAGUAAUUAACCAACAGAUAACAUUUCUAACAGUAGCAUGGUAAAAAAAACUAUUUAAAAAAACUCUCAGAAUCAAGCAACAGCAUAUGGCUAUUGAUACACAACAUAACACAUAUAGUUUUACUGGUAUAGAAUAGCUGAAAAUAAAGUAUUGUAACCACCCAUGUAUUUCAUUAUGAACAUAUUUAAAUACAGUAUAAAAUACAUGUUUUUGGAAAAAGGUUUUGUAUUUAAAUUUCAAUCAGAACAUUUAUUUUUUACACUUGUACAGCGGUUGAAAAACUGUAUGUUUUUGUAUCUGAAUAAAAACAUGCUCAUUCCACUGUCA